GUCUUUGACUUGCGGCGACUUCUUUUAACCGAAGAGUUGUUUCCUCCGGCCGGUGGUGCGUUUUUGGAAGUGGAGAGAUCAUACGGACGGAUUCAAGUCUCUCUCUCUCUGUGAUCGGAGUGAUAUCAAGUCUUCUCAUUGAUUUUCUUCGAUCUGCUGAAAAAAAUCAUCUGAGGUUUAACAAUGGUUCUCUUACAGUUGGAUCCAUUCCUCAAUGAACUCACGAGCAUGUUUGAGAAAAGCAAAGAGAAGGGUUCUGUGUGGGUUACUUUGAAAAGAUCAUCUCUCAAGUCUAAAGUGCAGAAGAGGAAACUGAGCUCAGUCGGAGAAUCCAUUGAAUACAGAUGCCUUAUUCGAGCUACUGAUGGAAAGAAAACAGUUUCUACUUCGGUUGGUGCUAAGGAUCACCAGAGAUUUCAAGCAUCCUAUGCCACCAUUCUUAAGGCCCACAUGACAGCUUUGAAGAAGAGGGAAAGGAAAGACCGGAAGAAAUCCACAGAGGCAGAGAAGAAGGAAGGCAGUUCAACCACUAAAUCUAAGAAACUUUGAUUUCUCCUUUUUUGUAAACCACUUCUCAUUGAUUUGAAAUUGCUGGUUAAGAAUUGAAUUUUGAAAGCUAUUGAAAGAUCACAAAGAUUUUGACUUA